AUGUUUGCUAGCACUGCAAUAAUGAGAGGCAAAACUUGCCGUGAUAACGAAUUCUCAAGCUCUGAUGGCGAAAAGAAUUUGCACGAGCUGCAAAAUCAUCAGAGCCCAAAACACGAUUUUCAUGCUAAAUCGGAUAAAGGCGAUAACGAAUUUUACGGCGAUAACGAAUUUUCAAGCUCUGAUGAGGAAAAUGAGGAAGAUUUUCAAGCUUUGCAUUCCGAAAAGAAAAAAAUCCAGAAACACACGUUUAAUGAAUCCAGGAAAGACAAAACAUGCGAUGAUGACGAGUUUUCAAGCUCCGAUGGUGAGGAAGAUUCACGUGUACCAGAAGUUCACCUGGGCCAGAAUGGGACUUAUACUGAAUCUGAUGAAGGCGAAAUACACGGCGAUGACGAGUUUUCGAACUCUGGUGAAGAAAAUCUUCAUUCCGAAAACAAAAAAAUCCAAAAACAUAUGCAUAAUGAAUCCAGGAAAGAAAAAACAUGCGAAAAUAGCGAAUUUUCAAGCUCCGAUGGUGAAGAAGAUUCACAUGUACCAGGACUUCAACUUGCUGUAUUCGAUAAAGGCAAACCAUGCAGUGAUGACGAAUUUUCAAGCUCCGGUGAUGAAGGGAACUCAAAGUUUUUGCGUGAUCACCAAGGCCUGGAACAUGGUCAUUUUGGAUUUGGUGGAGGCGAAAUUCAGGAACUGGGCGAAUUUUCAAACUCGGAUGGUGAUGAAGGGAAUUCGAAGCCUUUAGAAAGUCGGCAAGAUUCGGAAUACGGCGAUAUUGGA